UUUGCACAAUGUUUUUUGUCCAUGAAACACCAGAGAUUAUUGAUAAUGUUCAAUUCAUCAAAUUAAAAAGCAAAGAAGGUCUUGCAUAAGAAGAUCAGUAGUUCUUAUAAGAGUUGGAAAAGUAAUAAUCCUAAUCUAUUUGUUAGAUCAAGGAGUGAGGUUAAAUACAUAUUAACUCAUUAAAACAUAAAAACUUUAGUUGAAAAUCGAGUAUCAUUAUUGACAAAGAAAGAUGCUCUUGAUAAUUAUCUCAAGACUAAUGUUGAUAUGGUAUGAUAAUACAAUAUUUUAUAGAUGAGAUUAUACCUAAUAAAAAUUAAGGAACAUCCAAGAUUCAGUUAUAAGCUGACAAUAAAUAAGAAAUAAUAACAAUACAAAACCGAAUCAAUAAAUAGUAUAAAUAGAAUAUAUUAAAAUUAUAGCUGCUGAAGAAGCAUGCGGAUGUGAAAUUGUGAUGGUCAGAUAUAUGUAUUUAUUGGGAUUCAAUAACUCUGCAACUCCACAUGUCUUAAGACUAAGAUAUUCAAUGCUAUCCACUCCAAAUAAUAUCGAUUUAAAUGAUAUAUAAGAAGGUCUAAAAGUUGUAUCAGCUGGAUGGAUGCCUUUUUAAAGGUUAUGCAACGUCAUGGAUGAUUUAUUGCAUUUCCUUGUCACAAAACAACAGUAACUGAUUCCUGAACUAAAAAUGACAACCAUUUUUUCUUUUAAAUUGUUAAUAGAAUGCAACAUGAAUUUCUUUUAUUUAGAAACUUUCAGACUUCAAAAAUAAUAUGAAAGCAUGGUCAGAGUUUGUAAGUCAAGUUAUACUAAACUAAUUGAUGCCCAUAAUAGAUUAUCUCAAAUUAAAGAUGAAAUACAUCCAGAAAUACUUGAAUUUUGUUUGAGUGGAUAGAAAUAUUUUAAAGUUUAUGGCAUUUGGAGUAUUUUAUUAAAAAAUGAGAGUGACAUACUAUUUGAUAGAACUAAAAACAAAAGCUAUACCAUUCUGACUGCUGAAUGCUAUAAAAUUGCUAAUCAAAUUGUAUAAACUGCUUAAGAAAUCUCCUCAAUCAAAAACAUUAACGAAUAUGAUAAAUUCACUUUAGGAUUUAUCUAAAAUGUCAUCAAUCCAACUUUAUAAAAAUCUUUAUCAGUCUAUAGUUAGAGUGCUAAAUAACCAUGUCAGUUACCAGAUUAAUUACUUGUCUAAGCCGAAUCUCUAGACUACACAGAUCAACUCAAAUAAUGAAGUUUCU